AUGGCCCUCAUGCUCAUGUUGGCUCUCAGUCUCCUCCAGUUUGGGUCAGGCCAGUGGCAAGUUAUUGGGCCAGACAAGCCUGUCCAUGUGCUGGAGGGGGAGGAUACAAUCUUCACAUGCUUCCUCUCUCCUGAAACAAAUGCAGAAGCCAUGGAAAUGAGGUUCUUCAGGGAUCAAUUCUCUGGUUUGGUCCAUCUCUACAGGGAUGGAAAAGAUCAGAAAUAUAUGCAGUUGGCAGCCUGUCAAGGGAGAACUGUUUUGGUGAAGGACUUCAUUGUACAUGGACAUGUCUCCUAACUAGAAAAAUUCAAUUCCUCAGAUGCUGGCCUGUAUGGAUGAUGGUUCUGCUCCCAGACUUAUGAGCAGAAGGCCACUUGGAAGCUACAGGUGUCAGCAGUGGGCUCAGGUUCUCUCAUUUCUAUAAUGGGAUUUGUUAAUGGAGGCAUUCAGCUACUAUCCUCAGGUUGGUUAUCCCAGCCCAUAGUGAAGUGGAAAGGCCCGCUGGGACAUGAUUUAUCUUCAGAUUCCAAGGUAACUGCAGACAGACAUAGCCCAUUUGAUGUCAACUCCUCAUUUGUAGUCCAAGAGAAUGUUGGAAGCAUAUCAUGCUCCAUUCAGCACCCUGACCCUGACCUGAGCCAAGAGAUGGAAUCCAGAGUAUGGAUAAGAGUGGAGGUGACUCUGGACCCAGAUACAGCUCAUCCACAGCUCUAUAUGUCUGAUCAGAAAAACAUAACAUAUAAGAAAGCUUUCCAAAAUGUGCCCUUCACAGAGAAGAGAUUUAGGAGGAAAUGUGUGGUAGCUUCUCAGUGUUUUCAGACAGGGAAGUGCUACUGGGAAGUUGAUGUAGGACACAAUGAAAAUUGGUUCAUGGGGAUGUGUCAGGAUAAUGAAUCCAGGAAGGCAAAGGACUUAAAUUUGUCUGCCCCAAAUGGAUACUGGAUCCUUGGACAGUGUAAAUAUGAGCAUUUUACAUUAAACCCCCACAGAAUCAGUCUUCGUAUGCCCCUUACAAUAGUGGGUAUCUUCCUAGACUAUGAGAGUGGGACCAUCUCCUUUUUCAAUGUAAAUAAUCAGUCCUUCAUUUAUACCAUGGCAACUCAGUUUAAAGGUUUAUUGAGGCCAUUUAUAUGCGUAAGCCAUAAGAAUGAAAAUGUGACUCCCAUAAUCAUUAAUCCAGUUUCUCAGAGGUCAGAAGAGAAGCCUCUUUUCAAAGGAUCCCCACAUCCCCAAAAACAGACCAAGAACCUCCCCACAGAUGACCACACUCUUCUUCCCCAUGAAUAA